CGAAACAGAGACUAGUAACCGAUCCGACAGCUCGGGCUGAGCACACACAGAUAGAGACCAGCGAGCGUCGCGGGUAGUUUUCCCUUUUUCGCAGCUCCAUCGAGCCAUUAUUUCCCGUCGUCAAACGAAUCAAGCUUUUUGUGAGCCUUUGCCAAAGACGUUCACAUUCUGCGUGGUUCGCUUUUCGCUUACGAGGAAAUUGCUGGAAUCGCUGGAGCCGUGGUCUGUAUCCGAAAACUCGUCGUUGUCGUGCGCGAAAUAUUAAACGGUCGCUCGUUUAAAACACCCUUGCUGCCGACGCUACCCACCGUCGUCGUCGUUGCGUCCGUCUAUACGUAUACCCAAAAAUAUAUAUUAUACGUAGCGCGUUGUGUGCUAUAUCUCCCCCAAACUCCUGCAGCAGCUCUAUAAAGUCUCGUAAAGAUUCUGCAACCGAAUUUAGGAGUCUCUCGUGCUUUCUCGACGUUGACGUCGGCAUUGUGCGCGAGUGGGUCUCUUGGCAUCUCUUGGUUUUUCUCGCAAAUUCCAGUCGUCGAGCGAGUGUGGCCGAUAACUCCGAAAACAAAUAUCACGCUCACUGACGUCUACAAUUAAGCCUGCCAUGAUGUUGUACCAUGAUGAGAAUGGAUCAAUCAAUGAUAUUUCUCCAAGCAGUGAUAAUAAUAGCAUGAAAAUGGUUCCAAUGAGUCAACCAACAACCUUCAAUCGUCGUCCCAAAAUCAAAGCAAACAUGCAUGCACUGAUGUGUGAAGCAUUACCUCUUGAUGAGGCUGCCAGAUUAGAAAUGAAAGCCUUACCAAGUAAGACACCUGUUUCUGUUUUACAAGAAUUGUUAUCGCGAAGAGGAACUACUCCAAAGUAUGAACUUGUGCAAAUUGAAGGAGCAAUUCAUGAACCAACAUUUCGCUAUAGAGUCACCGUUGCUGAUGUUGUUGCUGUAGGAACUGGCAGAUCUAAAAAAGAAGCCAAGCAUGCUGCAGCAAAAGCUGUAUUAGAUAAAUUAAUUGGAGUGAGCACUGAAAACCCUGAGGCUCCAAUCCCAAAUAGUAUUUCUGAUGCUCAAGGUAUGCAAGACAUGCAAAGCAGUUUUGGAGAUGACAAAAUUGCAAAUAAUCCAAUCGGCUCUUUGCAAGAAUUGUGUAUGUCUCGUCAUUGGCCGCCACCUAGGUAUUCUAUGCAAGGUGAAGAAGGAUUACCUCAUGAAAGAGAAUUCACAAUUAUUUGCCAUAUUUUACAAUUUGAGCAAGUUGGUCAGGGCAAAAGCAAAAAAUUAGCUAAAAGACAAGCUGCACAUAAAAUGUGGCUAGCUCUUCAAGAUACUUCUAGUCUUACGGUAGCUGAAGAAACCAAAAUUCCGGGAAAAUCUCUUGUUCCUCAAUAUACUGAGCUAAAAGAAUGUAGAAUUGCCACAUUGACAACUGUACAUAGUCAUAAAGUAUCACAAUUUCACAAAACUCUAAAAUGUUCUAAAGGUGAUAAACUUGAUGAGCUUCAGGAUAAAUCUCUCAAUCAUGAUGUUAUCAAUCUUGUUCAAUUUUUACAAGAGAUUGCCCUGGAGCAAAAGUUUGAAGUAACCUAUGUGGACAUUGAGGAAAGAUCAAAAACUGGUAAAUGUCAAUGCUUAGUACAAUUGUCAACACUACCUGUUGCGGUAUGCUACGGCUCAGGCCGUACGAGCAAUGAUGCUCAGGCGGCAGCGGCUCAGAACGCCUUGGAAUACUUAAAAAUCAUGACUAAAAAAUGAGGUGUCUAAUUCUUUUGCUUUUAUCGGACCAACGAUUCUCCUUUUUGAGGUAACAAAAAUAACACCGAUCAUAAGAAUGUCGUCAGCGGAAAUGAAAAACUUCGAUUUCACUAAAAUUCAACUAGCAACAAGUAUGGUAAUGAAUGUAAUGCGUGUUGUAAAAACCAUCACACCAAAUUACCAAUCCCAAUAUUGGUAGGAGACUAACUAAUGUGGUUCAUAUUGAAUCUGAAGAUUAUUUUUCCGUUUUGAAAGAUGAGCAAAAUUGUAAUAGAAAAUCGAUUGAUUCGCAAUUUGUUUUUAAAAAAGUUAUCCAAGACAUAUUUAAAAGGUAUAUAAUAAUCAUUUCCUGUGUCAGAUAUCGUUGUCUGCUCUAAUAAUAAUCAUUAAACGGUUGUCAUUAUGAUUUAACAAUAAACAAUAUCAGUAUACAAUUUCUCAUUUUUCACAAU